UCCACGCAUUAAAGGGGAUUGUCUCUCUUUGAUCCUCGUGCCCUUAAUUCUUCUGGGUUUUCCUUCUUUAUUACAUAUAAAUGUUCCAUAUCAACACACGCCAUAGCUGUUAAGGAUCAACAUUGUCUUCAUUUACCGACAACUAUACGAGAUACUGGGUCAAAGUAAAUUGGUAGGAAGCAGCAGCAGCAGCAAUGAGAGAUGGAAAUUCCAAAAGCAAUAAGUUCUCUUGGUCAAGGAAACUGGUGCGAAAGUGGUUCAAUAUCAAGAGCAAAACCGAGGAAUCUGAAGCGGAUAAUGUUGUUUCUGGAGGUGGUGAUGGGGGAUGGAUGAGUAGCUUCUGUGAAAGAGAACCACCUGCGAUCAAGAAAACCAAAACUGAGAAAUCCAGCAAGAGUACAGAGUCUCGUAGGUGGGGAAGGGUUGAUCUUGACCACCCUCAGGUUAUAAAUGUGCAGAACUACAGCAUCUUUUCAGCUACAUGGAAUGUGGGAGGAAAAUCCCCUUCUAGUAAAAUGAAUCUUGAUGAUUGGUUACAUGCUGCCCCUCCUGCUGACAUAUACGUUCUUGGAUUCCAAGAAAUAGUUCCUCUGAAUGCAGCUAAUAUUCUAGGCGCAGAAGACAACGGCCCUGCAAAACGAUGGUUGGCUCUAAUACGUAGAACACUAAACAAUCGGCCUGGCACCAGUGGGGGUAAUGGAAAUGGAUGCUACACACCAUCUCCAGUUCCUGAUCCGGUUGCUGAAUACGAUGCUGAUUUUGAAGGAUCAACAAGAAACAAAACUUCAUCAUUCUUCCAUCGCCGGUCUUUUCAGGCAUCUCAUAGCUGGAGAAAUGAAAAUGAUUCAUCAAUGCAGCAACCCCACCUUGAUCGCCGUUAUAGUGUAUGUGACCGAGCCAUCUUUGGUCAUCGGCCAAGUGACUGUUCUUCAAGUCACAGACCAAGUGACUAUUCCUCCUCUAGUCACAGACCUAGUGACUACUCAAAUUACAGGCCAAGUGACUACUCAAAUUACAGACCAAGUGACUAUUCAUCUGGUCACAGGCCCAGUAAUUACUCAUGGGGUCAAAGACCAAGUGAUUAUUCAAGAUGGGGUUCAUCUGAUGAUGAUUAUGGUCCCAUGGAAGAUUUACAGAACACCAAUUCAUUCUCGCCAAUGUCCAAUUGGGGAUCCAACAGUAUGGAAGAUGGAUAUAGAAUGCCGGGCCAAUCAAGCUACUGUUUGGUUGCAAGUAAGCAAAUGGUUGGCGUUUUUCUGACAGUCUGGGUGAGGAGUGAAUUGAGGGAACAUGUUCGAAACUUGAAAGUGUCGUGUGUUGGCAGAGGAUUGAUGGGAUAUCUUGGAAAUAAGGGAUCGGUAUCCGUCAGUAUGUUGUUGCAUCAAACAAGUUUUUGCUUUGUCUGCACUCAUUUGACUUCUGGAGAGAAGGAGGGAGAUGAACUAAGAAGGAAUUCUGAUUUCAUGGAAAUCAUUAAGAAAACAAGAUUUCCACCUGUUCAAGGCAUCAAAGACGAAAAAUCCCCAGAGACAAUACUUGAACACGAUCGAAUCAUAUGGCUUGGGGAUCUGAAUUACCGAAUCGCCCUCUCUUACCGAUCAGCAAAGGCACUUGUUGAGAUGCAAAACUGGAGAGCAUUAUUGGAGAAAGAUCAACUGCGAAUUGAACAACGAAGGGGCCGAGUCUUCCAAGGAUGGAAUGAAGGGAGGAUAUAUUUUCCACCCACUUACAAGUAUUUGACUAAUUCAGAUAGAUAUACAGGGGAUAAUUUGCACCAUAAGGAGAAAAGAAGAACGCCUGCAUGGUGUGAUCGUAUCUUGUGGUAUGGGAGGGGUCUUCAUCAGUUAUCAUAUGUCCGUGGUGAAUCUAGAUUUUCGGAUCAUAGGCCAGUAUACAGCUUAUUCUGGGCCGAGGUUGAGUUAGUCCACAGCCGAUUUAGAAGAAGCAUGAGCUGCUCCAGCUCUAGGAUUGAGGUCGAGGAGCUCUUGCCAUACGCCAAUGGCUACACCGAACUCUGCUUUUUCUAACUAAUCAAUGACAGAAUUGGAAGCUGGAUUUGAUUCCCAUGAACAGAGAAAGGCGAACGACACCCGCUGUAAAGGGAUCUUGUUGGUGAGCAGUCGUGGGUGGGUCCAUCUGCUUCGUGUUGAAAGAGGUGUAGAUAUAGUUGCAAUUACAAUUGGGUGAACUAACCAUAAGAGGUGUGGAUUGCUGGUAGAAUUUAGGUGAAUUACAGUUUUGAAGAAAAACAGAAAUGAUGUCUAACAAAAUGGAGUAUGUUUUUAGAGUUAUGAUAGAAUGAGAGAAAUGCCCAAAUGGGGAAAUGCAGAUUGUUAUUAUUAUUCUUGUUUAUUUAAUUCUGAAGAUUCUUUACUUGUUGUUAGGGGAGGUACAAAAUCUGCAACACAGAUGAGAUGAGAUGAGAUGAGAUGGUGGAAAUAAUGAUUCAAUUGGUUUUUUGUC